CUUUUAUAGGUGAUACAACAACAGCAACAGCAGCACAUGGCCGGCGGAAUGGGUGCUGUUGUAAGACCGCCACCACCUGAAUACAAAGCUGCGGCUCAAGCACAGAUGAUGCACGCUAGUAUCGGAAUGGGCCAGCAAGCGAGGUUCGCGAAUGCUGGAUCUAUGCGCAGAGUUACACAACAACCUAUGCCACCGUCAGGUCCGAGCAUGCUGAGGCCGCAAAUGGCGCAACAGCAGCAACAGCAGGCGUUACACGCGGCCGGUGGUAAUAUGUACAUGAGUGGUGGCGGGAUGGCCGCUAUCGGCAGUAUGCAUCAGAUGCACCAACGUAUAGGCUAUCCGAGAACUAACAAUCAACGGCCGCCCAACGUCAGCGUCGGCCCUCCGGACGGCCUUGGGAAAUAGCAUCGCGGGUCGCGGCCCUCAGCAGGAAUGGGGACGACAUGUUCUCAUGCAGCAACAGCAACAGGGCUUUCAAGCGCAGAUGCGAUCGCAAUUCAAUCAGCAAGGUCACCAAGGUGGCUUUGGUAUGGGUGGCGCAGGAGGCACAAUGCAAAUGACCGCGACGCAGAUGCAGCAUCAGCAGUUAAUCCGUUCACAAAACGGUAAUAUAGCCGGCUCGGGAAUGGCUAACAACACGCAGAUGCAACAAUUGUUGACGCAACAGCACCAACAACAAACCCUAGCUAUGCAGCAGAACAACAACCAAAUGUCAUUGCAGAUGCAGAUGUCACAGACAAGUUCCGUUAAUCCGAUAAACGUUACUGGAACUGGUUCUCCGUUGCAUCCGCAUCAGCAAUACGGCGCGGGUAGCCCGGGAGUGCGGAGUCUACCGCCACUGCAGCAACACCCUCAACCGCCGCCGCCUACCGCUACUACGGAUCCGUCCGUAGCGGCCAAUGACUUUAGCCUCGAAUUCCUGGAAAAUCUUCCUACGGGAGACACGUCGAAUUUCAGCGCUCAAGAAUUGCUUAAUUCUCUCGAUUCUACGGCCGGUUUCAAUCUCGAUAUUCUGUAAUGAGAUCAUUACGUCUGCUCUGUGGUUGGUAUGUCAACCGGUACGUCGAUUUAUUACAAUGGGACGCGAUUCUAUAUCAAGUAUAAAAUAUAUAUACUUGGCGCGAUACCGACGAAUUUCACUUCGUCCGUCCGCGUAUCGAUCUGCUUCCCAUCGUACUUGCCCUCACUGUAUCACAAAAGUCGGUCUUUUUUUUUUUACACAUAUUAUCGAAAUUCAAAUUUUAUUUUCAAUG